GUGAACCAAAGUGACGGGCGGGUGGAGAGGAUUCUGACGCUGAGUCUCAAGCUAUCAGACUAUUUGGCCGAUUACCACAUCUGGAUAUCUUUGUACAGCUGCCCCUGCCCCAACGCGUUCACACACACUCAGAGACUGUGUGUGAGCCUGCUGCUUCUGCUGGGAUAUGCAUGUGUCAGCACACUGAUCAUAUCACACAUGGAUGAUCAGGUUGGUUAAUAAAACCUAUACAGUUUAAUAUUUAGAGCCCCAAGAGUGUCCAAAACAUUUUAACGCAGAUCCGUUGUUUACAGUUGCCCUUCCAGUUUGGCUGUGUAGAAGCAACAGCUGUUUCUGUGCGGACAGGACUUCUGAGUGUGUGUGGUGUUGCCAGCAGCAGCACACUAUUUGGUGUCUGUUUGGCUCCAAAUACCAAACAGAUCAUUGCAGCAUCCCAUGAUCCCCUCUGUUUCAGCCCUGUUUCUAAAGUGCUGGACAAAACGUAUGAGAGUACGCGAUGACCUCAUCACAUGACAUCACAGAUGGCCUUCAAGUUGAGAUUGCGAGAGCUCUGAAGUGCAGGCAUUCUUCAGUUCUUCAGUUCAGAGCGGUGAGUGGUACACGUAUUCAGUCAGAGCAAACUAACUUCACAGUUUUCCCGACAAAACACGUAUUACGUACACACGUAGAUUUCUAUUCCUACGCACAACACAAGUCCACAGACAGCGCCAUGGAUAGAACACAGUCAGACCAGAGCAGCAAGGAGACAUCCCACAGCCAGAACGAUGAGAGUCUGCUGCAGUUUGACGCAGAGACCGUCAAACUGCUCGUGAUGAGAGGAGAUGAACUCUUUGAGUGUUUGACAGUCUGUGAGGAAAGAUACGGCGCUCUGGAGGAAAGAUACGGCGCUCUGGAGGAGGAGAUGGAAGCUAAAGAGGCUCGACACAAGCAGCAGCUGGACGAGAACCUGGUGACCAUAAACCUGCUGAAAAGAAGAGAGGAAGAACUCCUUCAGAGCCAGGAGAAGUCCACCAAGGACCUGGCUGAGAAACAACAGAGCUGGGAGAAUGGAAAACAAGGCAUGAAGUAUGUAGUGGACGAGAAAAACUACCAGGCCGCUAGAAACCACACCUUGGAGACGGAAAAACGAAAGAUGGAAUGGAAAGUGAAUGGGGUGAUGAAGCACAACAGUCAGCAGACCUUUAGAAUCCACAGCUUGGAGAAGGAAGUCCAGAAGCUGGUGCUCCAGUUGGAAAAGCAGGGAGAAAAGAACUCUGAAGACCAACAACCGAUGGAGGCCAAACUAAAACAGGUGGAGAAGGAGAACGAGGAUCUGGCAAAGAAGAACACAAGCUGGGAGACGGAUGUCAAACAGCUGAAAGACCAGAUGAGAGAGAAGGAGGAAAAGUUCUCCAAAGACCUGGCCGAGGAACAGCUGAGCUGGGAGAGUGAGAAACAUCAGCUGGAGGGCGAGAGGAGAGAGAUGGAGAAGACAUUGAAACAGGUGGAGGAAUCCAAGAAGAAGCUGGCUGAGGAGAACCGCAGCUUGGAGUUGGACGUCACACUGAAUGUCUUGCUGGUGAAGCAGUUUGAGAAGGACAUGGAGGUGCAGCAGGAAGAGUUCUCCAAACGACACCAGAGCUGGGAGACCAAGGCCAGUUCGAUGGAGACCGAAAUAAAAGAGGUCACUCAGGAGAAGGAAGACCUGGCUCAGACACUUCAGAGCCAGGCGACUGAAUUCAAAGACAUUCAGGCUCAGUUACAUCAGGCAGAGGAUGAUAACAACCUGAGCUGGGAGACAAGAGUCCAGCAGCUUGAGAAGGAGAUGAAGGAGCAGAAGGAGAAGUGCUCCAAAGACCUGAGCCAGAAACACCAGAGCUGGGAGACCACGGUUCAUCUGAUGGAGACUCAACUGAAGGAGGCGAAGGAGGAGAGGGACAACCUCGCUCAGACGCGACUCAGCUGGGAGACCAAAGAGAAGAAGAUGGGGGAAGAGAAGACACUUCUGGAGGACCUGUGUCUUCACAGGAAGAAUAAGAGCAGAGGAUUCUUCGCUCGCAGGAGGGCGACUGAGGAAAGGGACGUCGUUUUGCAGAAAAUGCUGCACAAGAUGGAAGAGAGGAGAUGAGAAAGAAAGCAAAGGGGGAGAAGGAGGAGAAGGAGGAGGCUGGACGUCAGUAGCUGUCUUUUCCUCUCCUCUCUCCCUCCUCCCUUUCUCUCACCUCCUUCCUCCUGCCUCACCCCCUCCUGCCUUCCCAUUUUCAUACUCAGGGUUUUCUCCUGGAGCUCAGGUUUUCCCACAAUCUGUAUAAUGGAUGUAAAAAAACUCACUUGAAGUCCCUCCCCCUUUAACUGUACCUACUUCCUGCUCCCUCACCAUCUCUCUCCUGACUCCAUCCUUUACCUCCUUCCUCAAUACUUCGCCUCCCUUCACUCCAAACUCUCUCCUCCAUUUCCCUCACCUCUUCCUUCCUACAUCACCCUCUCUUCCACUUUUCAUAUUUAGUGUUUUUUAGUUGUAUUUAGACUUGAUUUUCAAAUAAAAUGUUAAUUAAAUGUA